UCACACGUUGGGUUUUCCCACUACAAUGAUACCAACAUGAGCUGUGAGGUUGUCAGGAGAAGUUAAAAUAAUGAUCCCUAGUUCUCUUAAAUCCCCGUAAAUGCAACUUUUACUUGCAUUAGUCUCAGUUAUGGCUCAGCAUGAUAAAGAAGAAGAUAAAGCAGGAAAGCUGGCCAUUCGGCUAGCAAAUGCUGUGGUUCUUCCUAUGGUACUAAAGUCAGCUAUCGAGCUCAACAUCAUUGCCAUCAUCUCCACUGCCACAAUCGGUGGGGAGUACCUCUCACCGUCUCAGAUUGCAGCUCUGAUCCCCUCAAAGAACCCGGAUGCAGCAAUCGUUGUGGAUCGGAUGUUGCGCCUCCUUGCAAGCUACGACAUAAUCAAGUGCUUUCUCCACACCAAAGAGCAUGGACAUGUUGAAAGAUUGUAUGGUGCAGGACCCAUAUGCGAGUUCCUUACUAGGAAUCAAGAUAGAGAAGGGUCUAUCGCUCCUCUGUUUUUGCUGCACCACGAUGAGAUCUUCAUGAAGAGUUGGUUCCACUUGAACGAUACAAUACUUGAAGGUGGGAUCCCAUUCAACAAAGCCUACGGAAUGACAGCAUUUGAAUACCAAGGGAUUGAUCAAAGGUUCAACAGGGUAUUCAACCAAGCUAUGUCAAACCAUACCACUUUAUUCAUGAAUAAGAUUCUUGAUGUUUACAAAGGAUUUGAGGACCUCCAUGUUUUAGUGGAUGUGGGAGGUGGUAUUGGAGUUCCUCUUAACAUCAUCACUUCUAAGUAUCCUCACAUUAAGGGCAUCAAUUAUGAUUUGCCCCAUGUAUUAGCCGAUGCUCCUUCAUACCCAGAUGUGGAUCAUGUUGGGGGGGAUAUGUUUGUGAGUGUACCUAAGGGAGAUGCUAUUUUCAUGAAGUGGAUUCUCCAUGAUUGGAGUGAUGAGCAUUGCUUGAAACUUCUCAACAACUGUUGGGAUGCUCUUCCUAGCAAUGGUAAGGUGAUCAUUGCGGAAGCAAUUCUUCCUGUAAAACCAGAGAAUAUCACUUCUUCACAUAUUGUCUAUGAGGAAGAUUUACUCAUGUUAGCUCAUAAUCCUGGAGGUAAAGAGAGGAGCCAAAAAGAAUUUGAGGCAUUAGCUCUGAAAUCUGGUUUUUCUGGCUUUCAAGUCGUAUGCUGUGCUUACAACAUGUGGAUUGUGGAGUUUCACAAAGGAUCUUAUGCCUAAGCUACGUUCUUCUGCUCCUGCAUUAUAAAGAUGUCUUGUUUCUUUGUAUCAACGAAAAUGGCAGGUGUAAAGGAGUCAUAAUAAUAUUUGGGGGAAAAAAAACAACAUAACUGUUUGUUGUUUAUGUUGACAAUUUAGUAAAUGUUAAGCAAAAUAGGACAAAAUAUAAUAAAUUUUAAUUAGUCUACAAA